UCGGCACGCGGUAUGAAUUACAGCAGAUGUCCGAGACACUGUAUUACUCAAUAUCGCAACUUGUUGGAUCACCUUCGACCGGCAGACUUCAUUUGGCGUCCAUACCUUAAUAUGGAUCAUGAGCAUCAGAUCAACCCUGAAGACGCAGCCGUAUGGACAACAUGCACACCGAUAAUACGGUUCACAACAGUGGAGCUGCACAACACCGAUCGUGUGAAGCUGCAGUUUGGUAUGGUCCAGAAUAUCCCAGAUCCCCCAGCUAGCCUAGGAGAAUGGCAUAUGCGUAAAGUGAACGACCAAUGGAACUACAACCCUUGGCAAACCUUCGCAAGAUCAGAGUGUCGCAAGUGGAAGCACCGUCAUGACCAUGUCUUAACUGACGCAGUCAUGCCAAAUGAGGUAAAACCAAGUCGUACUUAUAUGGCUUGGUAUAGAUCAGUUGGAUUUCAAUUCAUCGCCGAUGAUAUGUACCUCUACGACCCACGCCAGACAAGUUACACACAAGAAGGAUCAACAUCUAACCCCCAACAACAUUCUCAGCCCGGUUACUCACAACCACCUAUCCGACAAACUUUCCGUUCCACAAACACACAAACAUACAACCAAAACAUGCCAUUCACCCAACCCAAAAACUAAGAACAUCCCCCAUACCACCACCAAUAAAUGGACC